UAUAAGAAUAAGACUAUAAGUCCUUACAACUCUGCUCAAUAGCCCUGAAAACUUAAGCUGAAGAUAACACGAGUUUCCAAAAAAUGGCUUCAUCAUCUGCUUAUACUAACUUUGUAAUCUCACAAAACAAGAAAACUCUCAUAUCUUUUGGUUAUUCCUCAAUACUUCAAAAUAAUCCACUUUUACCUUUUAUCCCUAACUCACUUUCUCUCUCCUCUAAUUUACCCCUGCUUUUAUCGAACAGUAAACUUACUGUUUGUUCAAUUGCUAAGAUAAUCCCACCACAAGUUGAGCUUGAUCAACAAAGUAGCAGUAAUUUGACUCCAUCUUCUCCUAAUUCCAGUUGGUCAGAAUUUGCUGACAAAGUCUCAGGAGAAUGGGAUGGAUUUGAAGCAGAAUUUACAACUGAAGGGAAACCUGUUGAACUUCCUGAAUCAGUAGUUCCUGAAGCAUAUAGAGAAUGGGAAGUUAAAGUCUUCGAUUGGCAAACUCAGUGUCCUACAAUAGCCGACCCACAAAACACCCUUCUUUCCUACCGGUCUAUAAAAUUACUUCCCACUGUAGGAUGUGAGGCCGAUGCUGCAACAAUCUAUAGCAGCGAUAAGAGAAACAUAGGAGGCGAAGAAAGCAAUAGUCUCUCAGCCUUUGCAUUUCAGAACACUGGUUGUUAUGUAGCGCUAUGGUCAGCUAAGGAGAAUGAAGUGUAUAAAGUGUUGGAGUUGGAGCACUGUUUGAUUGAUCCUCGCGAUAAGGAGUCCAGAGUUAGGGUGAUUCAGAAGCUUCGUCUGGAAGAUUCAAAGUUGAAAUUACAGAACAUUAGAGUGUUUUGUGAGUUGUGGUAUGGACCAUUUAGGAACGGAGAUCAGUUGGGUGGCUGUGCCAUACGUGAUUCUGCAUUUGCGAGUACACCUGCUCUGAAUGCUUCUGAUGUUACAGGUGUUUGGCAGAGCGAAGAUGGUGUGGCUAGCUAUCAAAGUUCACAUAAUGAUCAAUUACAAGAGCUUGUAGGGAGUAGUACACAGAAUAUUGUAAGGAAUGAGCAUGAUAUGAUUAUGUUGCCGCGACAAUUAUGGUGCUCGCUCAAGGAAAGUGGCAACGGUGAAACUUGUGGAGAGGUAGGAUGGUUACUAGAUCCCGGAUUAGCUAUUUCUUCAAGAUGCAUUUUCUCAAGUGAUGGCAAGCUGAAGGAGGUAAGAGUAGGACGUGAGACUUCAGCUAUGAUUUGAAUUGGGCAUAUCACAUAGUAGUAUAUGAAUACUUUUCUAUGAUUCUACACUUCAUGCUUCCCAAAAGCAUUUUUUGUUCAUGAUAGCAUAUAUUUACACAAAGUACAACAUCUAUAAACCCUUUGAGCAACAAGUAGCCGCAUCCCGGGGCCUGCCCUUAGCUUU